AUGUCACCAAUACUAGCUGCUGGCAUUGUGUUUCUCUUUUUUGUGUGUGUCUUGGUCAAGCUUCUACAUCUGACAGCUGCUGCCUCAGCCCCUUUGAUAUAUGCUAAAGACAGGUCUACACAGUUUGUACAGUCUGUCCUGACACUGUGUCCAAUAUUGCAGCAGACGUAUGUGCCGCCUCUGUUAUGGGGCAAGAGUGGCCACAUUCAGACCUUUGUUUAUGCCAGGAUGGGGCGUGUUAAUAUGCCAGCUCCAAAUGGUAUACGUCACACAAAGAUCAUGUCUGAUGGGGCUACAUUAACAUUUGACCUGCAUGAACCCUUAGUGCCCCACGUAACAGGAGAGUCCUACUGUUUGCUGUUCUGUCCUGGUAUCGGCAACAACAGUGAGUCCCCUUACGUGAGGACACUUGUCCACUAUGCACAGAACAAUGGUUACAUUGCUGCUGUUCUUAACCAUAUUGGCUCUCUGAAGAAUGUGCCAAUAACAUCCCCAAGGAUAUUUACCUAUGGUGGGACAGAAGAGUUAGAUAUCGUGAGGAGAGAGAUUGAGCUACUCCAUCCCAAGUGUGGAAUGAUUCUAGUUGGCUGCAGCAUGGGAGGCAACAUUGUGGUCAAGUACCUGGGAGAAAAUGUCAAGCGCCAGACUGGGAUUCUGGCCGCUGUGUCCAUUAAUCAGGGAUAUGAUGUCAACAAGGCCAAACCAUUUCUGUUAUCCUGGCAAAACCUGCGGCGAGCCUAUAUUUACGUGAUGACCAGAAACCAGAAAAACAUGAUACGCCGCCACAAGGAGCAGUUGUUCGAUGAAAACAUCAAAUCUUCUACUGGUAUCAAUGAAGAUGAAGUCUUUGCUGCUUCCACUAUAGCAGAGCUGGAUGAGGCAUAUACAAGGCGACGCCAUGGGUAUGAGAGUGUUGAGGAAUAUUAUCACCACAACAGCUGCUUUAGUGUUUUGUCCAAUGUACAGAUACCGUUUUUGGUUGUGAAUGCUGAGGAUGAUCCAAUUGUACCCACUGCACUAUUGGAAUGCCCUCUCCAAGCAGCCAAAAGUCUGUCAAAUAUGAUCUUUGUGCUGACCAAACAUGGAGGCCACCUGGGUUUCUAUGAGAAGGGAAUCCUGAGGCCAAACAGUCUUACUUGGAUGGACAGGCUCAUUAUUGAGUAUGCAAAUGCAAUCACCACACUACAUCAGGAGGGGACUCUGCCCAAGUCACCAUAUGAUGCCAUUACUAAUAGCACAAUGCACCCUGAUGAUGAUGAAGAAGAAACACACACCCAUGUAGCAGAUGUCAGCCAGGGAGAAACCAGUAUAUCCAACAGAUCCUCUACUACCAAAAAGUCACCUUCUGGAUGUGUAGCUAAUGGAGUCUAUGAAUAA